AACAAGAAGGGAUCGAAGUCGGGGAAAAAGGACCACUGUGACCCCUACACCGAGUUCAACGUAUGUCGAGGUUUUCCAUGCCCCCCUCUAAUUACAGCUCACCACCUGCAACACUUGCUCAUUAGGCCGCCAGUGUGGGAAUAACCAGAUUGGAUGUGGCAUGUUCAACUCUGAAAACAUUCGCCAGAAAUGGCCAGACCUGAAAUAUUUGCCUCGCCCGGAACCCGAGGAUGCCAAAUCAAAGGACCACGCGCGGUGGAGUGCAGAGUACCAACACUGGAGAGGCCUGAAAUGUGGCGGGAAAUGGGGCUACUUUUGCAGAAAGCAUGGAGAAUGGGUAUCGUGCAGCGAGGUAGAGCAAAAGUUGGUCUGUGAGCAGAAUCAAGAAUCGGAGAGUUCGUGCCCUGUCAGCCACAGCCAACGGUCUCAGAGCAUUGCGGGCACGAGAGCAACCGGGGGGCAAAGAGCGCAAGCCGACCACAGCAGCAGAACAUUGGAGGACCAGAUGAACUCACUUGACAUUGGCGAUACAGCAGCCGACGACAGACCUGGCCGAGACAGCUACUUGGAGUCGUCCACAUACCCAGGGCAAGAAGUACACGACAGCUACUUCGAGCCGUCCACAUACCCAGGCCAAGCAGUCCACGACAGCUACUUCGAGCCGUCCACAUACCCAGGCCAAGCGGUCCACGACAGCUAUUUCGGGCCGUCCACAUACCCAAGCCAAGCAGUCCACGACAGCUACGUCGAGCCGUCCACAUACCCGGCGCAAACGGUUCAGGACGGCGAGGCCGCCUCGUCAUCCGCAUUCACAGAGACACCGCGCGACAUUGAACCCCCUUCAUCGUCUACCACCUACGCGGCAAGCUCUGCCGAGACGAGCGGGGCCGACAUAUCUACAACACUCGCAGGCCAGCCGGCCAUGUUCAGCCACGAGGACGAGGCCGUUCGCACUGAACACGCCAGCCAGCCUCACGACGCAAUGCACCCGGAAGAUGCCCAGCAGCAGGGCGAGCCCCAUCAACCAGCGAGCCAGUACUACUACGGGAGCCACCCCGGAGCCAGUGAUACGGCCGAUCACAUGUCCAGCCCCCCUCACACGUAUUACGCAUCUCAUUACACGGACUACGGAGACGGCACGCACGCACAGGGACAUGUUUCGGGCCAGGCUCAUCACGGUGGCGGGCCGGAGGACGAGUUCCAGCAGCCGCCCAGCCACUACUAUGGGAGCCACCCGGGAGCCAGCAGUUCCGCCUAUUACCCGGAGUACUACGCGGGUUACAGAGACGGCGGGCACGCGCAGGAGAAUGUCUCGGGCCAGGGCGCCGAGCCAUCGACAUUUGCGUAUUACGGCGGCGGGCCGGACGAGGGCACGUCACAGAAAAGCACAAAAAAGCAGCGACGUCGGCGUUGAGGAUCGAGGAUUGUGCAGCACGGGCGGGCAU